UAAUUUUUUUUUAUAAUAUAGAAUAGAUAUAUGGAUAGAAUUUAUGGUUUCAUAAAAUAUCCACAUGAUAUUAAUCUCAAACAAGAAAGGAAAAUUCUUGCUGUUUGUGAGAAUUCUGAAGAUCAAAUAAAAGCUAUGAAUGCUGGUGCUUGGAUUUCAGGAGGGAAAUCAAUUAUUAAACAAAUCCAAGACGGUGAAAUCAAGGUUGAUGAAUUUGAUUAUUUAGUAGCUCAUGUAGACAUCAUAAUGGAAUUAGCCAAAGUAAGAGGAUUAUUAAAAACAAAAUUUCCUAAUAAAGCUAAAGGUAACAUAGGAAAAGAUAUUACUUCACUUGUGGAAAAAUUUAUUAAAGGAAUUGAAUUUGUAAGUGUAAAACACCCUGUUGAGUUGGACUUCCAAUGGAUUGAAAUUCCUAUUGGAGAGUUAAACAUGCCUAUAGAACACUUGGAAGAAAAUUUUAAUUUUCUGUUAAAUACUGUUUAUGGAUAUAAGCCAGAAGGUGAUACUCCUGGGCCUUUUAUAACUCGAACUUUAUUGUAUUCAAGGCUAUCUGGAGAAAAAAUAUCGGUUUCUCAUUGGAAAUAUUUACCGAAACAAAAUGAGGAGAAUGAGGAAGAUAUUGAAAUAGAAAAAGUUCAAUAGUUUCUUUAUUUGUAAUAGCUUAUAUAUAAAAAAUUAAGUCAUACAAAGGAUAAAUAUUGUGAAAAAUUAUUUAUUUAUUAUUUGGGAGAAUACUGGGCAAUAUCUUAACAUUUCACUGAAUACAUUGGUUCCCAUCAAUCAUUAUAAUUAAAAAGUGAGGGUCUUAAACAAUAUUUCAGUCAGAGAGGCAAUCUGGAACUACUGCUGUUAUUGGUAAUCCCAAAUCCAGAUUUAAAAAGGGAAGAUUGAUACAGGAAAGGUAUCUGAUUGUAAAUACAAAGCCAAAUUGAGGAACAGUAGUAACCCUACAAAAAGUGGUAUUAAUAAUGCUGGAGAAGAAAAAAGAGAUUUUUGAGAGAAUACUGUACAUACAAGCAGAGCUUUCAUAUACAAUAAGACCCCGCUUAACACUGAUUCGAUAUAGCGUGGUGUGCUCAAAGCCUAAAAAAGCUCAAAAUUUACACUGAUUUAGAUUAUUGAUGCAUUUUAUUGAUUCGUACAUAAUAUGAUUACCCACAAACACGAACUAAUCAGAAAAAGGUGACAAAAAGGUGUACUUUCUUUAAAUCUAUGUUUGUUUGGUGCAAUUUUGGAAAAAAUAUAACAUCAUGGAUGCCAUAGGCAAUAUCAGCUUCGCUUGACAAGAAUUAACCGAUAAAUGCACGAACAAAGUGUGGAAGAAGUUAUGGCUGAAGGUAUCCAAGAAUUCUCAAUGAGAAGAGCCUAUCACUAUAUCGUUGGGUUGAUCAAACUCAACCUAAUCGAUACAGCAGGAUUAGGAGAUG